AUGCGUAUCUGCCCCCUUACCUUUUCUCAACCGCCUAUCUCCCUCCUUGAACAGGACAUGAUUCACGCAGGCAAAUGGGAGAAUCGUGAUGUUCACAACAUAUUUGGCAUGCUGGUUCAUCGAGCCACUUGGCAGGGCAUUCUGCGUCGUUCCGGUGGCAAAGAGCGACCCUUCGUCCUCACUAGGGCCUUCUUCGCCGGCUCCCAACGAACUAGUGCUGUAUGGACUGGGGACAACAAGGCCUCCUGGGAUCACUUACAGGUAAUUUCACGGAACGAAUAA